AGGAGCUGAGGAUGGAAACCAGGGAGGAAAAAUCCCUGCAGCAGAACCUCUUGGAAGAGGCCGAUUUGAGCAGUUCCACAGUGCAGGAAUCCAACAGGGAAGAAAAGCCCCGGAGAUCCCGCAGGAGGAGGGGCUCCAAACCCAUCCCAGGGUGCUCUGAGGAGGAAAGACCCACCCUGUGCCAGAAAGGCGGCCGGAGAUCCAGCCAGGGCUCUGAGCUGGUGGUCCAUGAGCAGGUUCAGGAUGGGGAGAAGCCCUACAAGUGCUUGGAGUGUGGGAAGAGCUUCAGCCAGAGCACCAAACUGCUCUUCCACCGGAUGAUCCACACUGGGGAAUGGGCCUAUCAGUGUAGGGAAUGUAGGAAGGGCUUCAGCUGCAGCUCCGCACUUAUCAUCCACCAGUGCAUCCACACUGGGGAGAGGCCCUACGAGUGUCCUGAGUGUGGGAAGAGGUUUCGGAUCAGCUCCCAUCUCCUCAGGCACCAGCGGAUUCACACGGAUGAGAGGCCCUUCCGCUGCCCCGACUGUGGGGAGGGCUUCAAGCAAAACUCCACCCUCAUUGCCCACCGGCGCAUCCACACUGGGGAGAGGCCCUACGAGUGUAGGGAAUGUGGGAAGAGCUUCAGCUCCAGCUCCUCCCUGACCAUCCACCAGAGGACCCACACUGGGGAGAGACCCUAUGAGUGUGGGGAAUGUGGGAUGACCUUCAGAUGGAGGUCCCAACUGACCAUCCACCAGAUGAUCCACACUGGGGAGAGGCCCUACGAGUGUCCUGAGUGUGGGAAGAGGUUUCAGACCACCUUCACUCUCCUACAGCACCAGCGGAUUCACACGGAUGAGAGGCCCUUCCGCUGCCCUGACUGUGGGGAGGGCUUCAAGCACAACUCCAGUUUGUAG